UGACCCAAUUCUUUAAAGAGCCUCAACUCACAGGGCUCUUUAAAUGCCAUCAAGGUUUGAUAUGGAAGUAAGAAUUGUGGGGUUUCUGUAGCCAUUCGUAGAUGCAACCUCGAUUUAUUAUAUUUACAAGCUAAUUCUUCCAUUCCUUUCGUUUUUUUUAUUUUUUAUGCAGGUUAACCAACAAACGGCUUAACCUAUUAAAAAGAUUGCCUCUCAACAUAUUUUAGAUUUAAAUAUCAGGUCAAUGAUGCUUCUCUUCUAUUACCUUAUGCCUGCAUUGGAACUGUGCACUUGAUCAUCAUAUGAAUACCUUGGUUUCUCAUUCCAUUGCAUUGAAUUCUUUGUUGAAUGAUGUGAUAAGUUCAUAUGCUAUAUCCUAAAGAGCUUACUGCUGUCUCUCGCAUGAACUAUGCAUAAGAACAACACACAACAGUCGUAAGACAGAAGAGUCUUUUAGUGCUGAGAUUUCUUCAUCCAUCUUGUAAGUUUCUUCUACCAACGGCAGAUAGGGAGGCUCUUUCAAAUGCCUUAACAGUUUCAGUUAAAGUGUAUUAGUGGUUUAAGUGUAUGUGGGUUAUGGAAUUUUCAAUGUUUCACUUGAUCAUUCAUAUUUUGCAAUGUUCUAUUUUCCCUGCACGUGUCUUCAAGGAUACUUUCGCCAAAGGAAUGGAUGGGGUUCAGGGACCAUCUUUAUCUGGCUCUGGAUUCUAUAUCACAGGAGCGGCACUAUGUGUCAAUGUUUCAUAUAAAGGUAAAAUCUUCUAGUAAUAUAAUUUGAUCACGUUCAUGAUUUUAGGUAUCUUUACUUCUAAAAGCCUUGAAACAGUUGAUGAGGUUGGAUGCUAAAAUCCCAUAUUCUAAUUGAUGUUUAGUAUGUAAUAUAAUCCCAGAAUGCAUAUAUUUUUGUAAGAUGUACUGAUGCAGUGACGCCUUGUUGGAUUAUACCAGGAUGAGAGAUGCUCAAAAUUUAUCCUAUAAGACAAAGUGUCCUCUGUCUCUCUCUCUCUGUUCUGUAACUUUGUGUUUACUUGGCACUAGUGGUUCCCUCUGUUUACUAAUUCAGCUGCCCCAUCCUCUUCUUGAAAUCUUUUCAAUGAACCAUCUUCAAACAAUGCCUUAAACCUGCUAUGAAAGAUCCCUAGUUAUACUUUCAGGUGUACUUGGAAAGGAUCCCAAAGAAACCCGAAAUUGAUGCAUUUUUUGAAGAACUGAAGCCACAUCAGAUUAGUGAUGUUGAACUUUUCAACUUGGCAGGUUUUACAUUCAUUAGCCGUGUGCUUAUGUGUUAUUGGUUGUACUUCCACAGAAAGCACUGUUGCCGGAAAACUUCACCGUCCUUGAUCGUGCAAUUUUCGAGCACAAUCUUCUAAAUGCAAGCAAACUAUACACUAAUAUAAGGUUUGUUAUUUAAAUGCAAUGAUAGAGCUCAAUCUUCUAAGUGCAAUCAAUUUGAGGUUUGACUCUAUGGUUCUCUUCUUCUGAUAUACAGCAGAAGGAAAGCAAAGACAGUCAUACGACUAUGUUCUGAAAAUGAUGGUUUGUUAUUUACUUGAUUCUAUGUUCUCAUUCUCAUUAAUAUUUCAAGCAUAUUAAUUCUAAGCUUGUAAGACUUCCAUCUUAGUUACCUACUCCAAUCUUAACGUUGCAGACCUAUUUAGAUUUCUAUUCAAGCAGUCGCUGUAGCUAGUUAUGGAUUGAAGGCAAGAUAGUUACUGAAAGAGAGCUCCAUAACAUUGACAUCAUUCUGACAUAAGUGGAUUUGCCUUCAAUAUCAGGACAUGUCCUCAUUCUAAUGAUGGAGCAUGAAAUCUGCAAAGACAUUCCUAUCGUAAGUAUGCUAAUCCUGACUCAAGAUUUUAAGUUAGUUGAUUUGGCUUAAGCAUUUGUGCCCUAUUAAAGUCGUUGACUUUGUUAAAUUGAAGAAUCGUGUUCUUGGUACGUGGUACUGAGGUAGAGUUGGAUCAAUCAUAGUGGUUGGUGGUUCAAGAAUGGAAAUUGGUGAACUUGGGAACAAUCUGAUGGUAAGUUUUAUUUGACAAAAGAUUGAUAAUUUCUCGUGGAUUCUAGCUUACCAUUAAUUACAACUGCAAGUUCAGGCUAGUUAUAUUGUCUCCUUUUAAUGGUUGAUGAUCAUUUAUAAUCAUUAUUAGUUCCUAUUGUAGUUGUUUUUUUGCAGGUAUGGUUGAUGGUAUGCAAUUGAUCUAAAUGGAAGGAGUUGUUGGCAGCAAAACCCAACUACAGUAUGGUACUCUACUAUGCUGCGGAUAGGUCAAUGAACAAAGAAUCCUUGUAGAAGUUUAUUGAUGGGACAAAUAUAUUUAGAGAUUCGAGAUUCAAGUUAUAAGCAUUUUAUCAUGUAAAUAAUAUUACUUUGGAUCAUGAUUGAUAUUUAUAGAAAAUUUUGCAAGAAUUAGCUUGGUUCUUGAUUUAUUUAUAAUGACCAGAGUAUUUGUAACCCACUUAUAGUCACCAUUUCAUGAUUUUCUUUAGUGACAGUUUUGAGUUUGUGCAAAAAUUUGACUCUCUCUCUUUAGUGACGAGUCUGAGUUGAUUGCAAUUGAUUUCGUGACAAAUUAAGCAAGGGUUUUAACCCUUGCUAGUUAGAGCAACGAAUUUAGCAGGGGGCUUAACCCCUGAUACAAACAUCUAAUUGUUGGAUUUUAUAUUGAAUUGUAGCAGGGGUUUUAACCCUUAGUACGUGUAGCAGGGGUUUAAACACCUGCUACAACCCUUGGACGAAACUUUCACCGUGGGUUGCUAAAACCCCUUGCUACAUGUAGCAGGGGCAGCAUAGGUGAGGGUUCAUGCAAGAGUUGGUGAAACCCUUGCUACAACUCGUAGCAGGGGUUAAAACCCUUGCUAUAGAUAGAAAAAACCCUUGCCAUAGCCACUUUUUUUUGUAGUGCCACCUGGGCAGGAUCUAGACCACCCAAUAGAAUACGGGGUCGCGUAAUCCCAGCUAGGUGGGAGCCCAUGAUUCUUCAACUGGCGAAGAACUUGAGAUGCUUUAUAGACGGCUUCAUAUGGAGGUCCUUGUAGGUAUAUAAAACCUGGCACCUCCUCGCCUUCCCACAUAAAAGCUGGUUUUCGAUCUGGUACCAAACGGUUUUUUACUUCAAAUCUAAGCCCGGAUAUGAGAUUGGAUUGUUAGCUAUCCGGUCGAGUCCGGUCCCAGUCCGGUUUCGGGUAAAACCAAACGGUCUGGACCAAAUAGCCAGCCCUAAGGUUUAGGGCGCUUGACCUAGCAUUUAAUGCCCUAAACUUUCAUCUAACUGAGUAUAAAUUCUCCAUGAGAGCAUUGAUGGUAACUCAACUACUUCCUCUCUCGCUGAACCUAACAAAUAUUCUUACUUAUCUCUCUAACUUAAACUUCGGAGAGUGUCCUUGGCGACCACCCACAAACCCCUGUUUUGGAGGGUUCCUGGAUUGCCUCCCAUCAUAAAGAACAGACAUCACUCGUGCUUCAUAAAACCAGCUAGUAAUUUCUAGGCACAAACACUUAUCAUCAUUCAAUUCCCCCUCCUCCUGUUUGUUUCCCGGGAAGAAUUCUCCAACCAGUGCGCCUCAGAAUUCGAAGUCCCCUUUGAUUUCAACCCGAAGAGCGCAGAGUUUGGGGCUCUUAUGAAUAUGAUAGUUGGGUUCAUGAAGUAGGGUUGUUGCUUGGGCUGCACGGCGAACUUUGGUCGGAGGUUGAAAGAAUAAUCAAUCGGGUCUUUUGUGAAUAUUUGAUAUUUCUGUAUCAAUCUGGGUUUGGCUCGUUCAAUUGAGUCAUGAUUCGUUUUGUUUUUCCUUGUCCUACGAGUUAUUUCACAUCAAUGACUCCUGCAGACGUCCCCUUAAUGUUGUUGUGAUAACCUUAUGUAUAUAACCAACUUCUUUCGAUGUUUUUCAUUGCUUUCUUUUUGUUAUCUAUGUAUGAACAAUUGACAUUUUAACAGUUUUGAAUUGGGUAAGACAUUAAAAUAUAGCAAAAUUAAAAGUCGGACAAAGUGAUCAUUUCGUUACGAACUGAGAAACUAAUUAAGUAAUUAGUUUGAUGCAUGUGGAAGUUCAGUUUUAAUUUUGUUGCAUCAUGGAUAGUUUUAAAAUUGCAUUUAGGUUGUAAAACCCUCUUGAUUUGAAACAACCGUCACCGUUAGGCAGAUAUGCAUUAUUUGACAAUUCUAUAAUAUAUUUCAUCAAGCAAAUUUCACAAAAAAAAAAAAAAAUCAUUAGCGGUCGUAGCAAUUUGCAACAAUGAAUUUCUCAUGGGAUCGUACGUGUUUGUGUGGAUGUUGUGCAAGUAGUCAUUAGUCGUGCUGCAUUAAACCCUGCAACUUUAUAACAUCAACCGAGUGUAGUUAGAUAACACCUCUUAACUCUUUCUUACAGAGUCAUCAUUGUAUAUCUUCUCUUCUAUCAAGCCCCUUCUAUGCCUCUUAAUAGCCCUCUGCAGAGGGAAGAGGAAGAAAUUAAAUACUCGUUCCUAAUGAAAAGAAGUUAUCAAUCUAACAGUCUUUCCAGAGGUGGAACUAUUAGUUAGAAUUAUUAAAGCACGAGCAACCAAAAAUUUCCCAAAAAACAAAAAACACUGUUCAUUACGAGAAAACCGGGUGCACUGUUCACGAAAAGGCUUGGUGUGUACUUACCAUGGGCGGAUCAAGCAUGGUCGUUGAUGUGAGUUUUAGAUUGUCAGAUGCUAGAGCUCACAAAAUACAGUUGCACCUGAUCGAACGCCUACACUUAAAAAAGAAUACAAAAGUGGUGGGUCCCCGUAUGUCGCCUGACUACUCAUUCCAUCCCUAAAAUCCAACUAUUUCCCUUUCUUCUUCGAUUCAAUUUCGUCUGGACAAGCUGGGGUCGGAGCUGCAUGGAAAUCGAAAACUCAGUGACUCACUCAUACUGUCACUCUCGAAAAUGGCCAAGUGUAACCACUUCCUAAAGCGUAGUAUAGCGGGUUUGGGUUUUAAUGUCAAUCGGGGUCCUAGAUGUGAUGACUACUCAGCGAAUUCUUAUUAUCUAGCGAUGAAACUUUAGUUCAAGUUCAAACAAGCAAACAAGUAAAGCAAGCCAUUAAACGGUUGUUUUCAAGUCAAGAGAGGUCACCCGGAUAUGGUUCCGCUUAGACUGCAGUUAAGCCGGAUUGCAAUUUACCAAGUUCAGUUCCUAUAAUAGUUAUACUGUGGGAGGUUCUUAAACAGUCUGAAGUCUCGACUAAAGGUCUCCAGACCCUCUCAAUCUGAGUCCCCAGCGGGCGACUAACCUCCACCGGAGUAAACAGAUUGAGGCCCUAACAAAACCAAACCUCCACUACCGAAGUAAAUUCGGUACAGAAUAGUGAAUUGGCUCCGCGACUAAAGUCGCCAAUUCACUACCUUCAAUUAAGGGUGCUCUAUUAACCUAGGUAGAUAUUCUCUUUCUAGGCUAAAGCCGAAAUAACAGAAAUUUGAUCAGGAUUCAAGUCAUUCAAUCAUUCAAGCCUCAAUUGAAUAUAAUCAAAUCAUAAAAUCUGUACUUGGGUUCAUACAAUCAGACCUAACAUACAAAUCUCGGGUUCUCCAUACCCAGAUGAAUGGGAAAACUACUCCAUGGAGAGAGAAGCAAAAGCAGAUUCAGAUGCGGAAACAUACUGUGAAGGAUGGGUUUCUGCUGGUGGUCGUCAAUCGGCACUUCUCCAAGCUCAAGCCGGGCUCCAAUGGUGAUGAAGAUCAAGCUAGGGCACUUGGGAACUCUGGUUCGUCGCUUUCUCUCUCUAGAAAUUGCUCUGUCUCUCUAAAACUCGGAACUCCUUCUCUUUCGGCUCAAAUCUUCCUAAAAGGGCAACCCUGGGCAAAACAUGGUCGAGGGCACGACCGUGGUUUGGUUUUGCCCGCCCGUGUUUUGCCCCGUGUUAAAAACACGCCCGCGCGCGUCGACCAAAACACGGUCGUGCCUAAAUAUGGACACGACCGUGUUUUGAUUUAGGUGCGCCCGUGUUUUUACUUUUCCAUCAGUUCAGCUCUCGACAAUAAAAACACUAAUGUGCCUGUUUGUGUACACUGCCGUGUUUUGGUUUAGGCCAGCCCGUGCUUUGGCCCCAGCUCGAACGAAUGACUUCCAAAUGCCCCAAAACUCGUGCUUAGCCUUUCCUUCGACGUCCAGGACCUGAAAUAUGACAAAGUAGCACAACCCGGCGUAAAACGGGCCAAAAAUACACGACUACUAGCUGCAAACGGAUAAGAACUAAGGGUGCAAACAUGUGCAAAUACAUCACUAUCAAAUUCCACCACACUUAACCGUUUGCUUGUCCCCAAGCAAUCCUAACUCAAACCAAUGCAACUCUCCAGACCUCUAUAGCAACAAACAACCCCAAUCGUCGGUAGAGGAUUUUCUAGAUCAUAUAGUAGCUUACGAGGUCAACUGGUCUUCUAAGACGUUUCCUAUCUCUCUCAUGCGAGUACUAGACUCAAGCCAGGAUCAUGAGAAGAAGUAGAAGUAAGACAGUCAGUUCAUGGAUAAAGGGACUCAUGUCAUUCUCAACCAAGGACUCGUUGUACCAGGGUGCUCUUUUCACUUCAUUUCACCGUUGGAACCCCUUUUUCACUUUCAUUUUACUUUUUUUUUCUUUUUCAUUCACUUGGCGGGGGUUCCAACUGCAGUCUCUUACACGGUCGACCCUUAUUAGUCGGGCAAGAGCAAUUUCUGUACAUCUGGCGCUCGCCAGAGUACUUCUUUUAACCCCUUUUCCUCAACUAGUGUGGAUGGUCAAUGAAAUUAAGGGGGGCCGGAAGCUCUAUCCGUUCCCUUAAAAACACAUCCUCAAGUAGGCAAACCGUUCAACGGGUGGAAGUUUUACUUGUACUAGAGACAGCUUAGCUUCACCUUGUAGGAGUACCCCACUAAGGAUCACUAAAAUCUCUUCUAAAACCCGAUUUUUGUGCAAUUAACGGUGCCGCACACGUUGGGAUUACACCAUGUUUAAGAUUUAAAGAUUUUGACAUGGAGGACCAAUUGCAUUUCAUUUUUCACAUGAGUCCCCUGUUCGAUACACGAGUCCAUAACACAAUCCAAAUAGAGUCACCAUUAUCACAUGAAUUCAACGGUCUUAGCUCCAAUAAUUCACAAAAUCAACUGGCACAGCAGAGAGCUAGAUAGGAAAAAUCUUAUAAUUCAACAUCCUCCAUAGUGCUACACUACCUCCCUAGGUUGCACAUUACUAUAGAGAUUGUCAAUUCAAAGCAUACCGAGCAGGCAAUUUGCAAGGAAACACGUGCUUGGAGCCCUCAAAUUUAAAAAUUUGGACAGUGGACUAGGCUCCAAGCACACAAACAGAUCUAAUGCAGUCAAAAGAGAAACAUCCCCCACACUUAAGAUUGACAUUGCCCUCAAUGGAGAAGAGGGAAGGAUAAAGGGGAACAAUGUUACCGGUGUGCACGGACUACAUGAGACUGGAAGCUCACCAGUCUUAGCGAAGAGGACGGGAGAAGGGACCAGUCAGGGACAGAGUAAAGCUAAAAGGAACAA